GUGUCUGGUAAUUCCUGUUUUAUACAACAAACAGAGGAACAGGAAAAGGUAAGUGCUCUGUUUUUCUCUCUUCUUUGGUUUUCAAAACAGGGUUUCUCUGUAUAACCCUAGCUGUCCUGAAACUUUGUAGACCAGGUUGGCCUCGAACUCAUGUAGAUCCGCUUGCCUCUGCCUCCUGUGUUAGGACUAAAGGCAUGCAUCAACGCACCCACUGUUAAGUGAUAACUAAGGACAUUGCUAGUAGUAUGAGUUCCAGCUACAGUCCCAGCUAUGAAACUACUGCGCUGCUGCUGUUGCUGCUCUUAUUCCCAACUCGCUUGUCUCACAUAACUUUUGCACCAAUUUGCAGUCCCUUUUGCAUCAUUGAAAUUAGCUCCUAAACAGUGCAAGCUUCAUAUUGCAUCUCAUUCUUAGACCAGCAUACCAAUCCCCUCAGUGUAUAUCAUUUCAUUCAUAACCUUAUCCUGCACUUUAAAGUAGGCCCUUAGAAGUGAACUCCCAUCUCUCACAUGCCAAGAUCACAGACACAUACCUAGUUUUAUGUUGUGCUGGGUACUGAACCUAGGGCUUUGGGCAGGCUACACAAGCACUCUACCAACCGAGCCACAAGAAUAAACGUCUAAUUAAGAUUUAUUAAGGGUGAAUUUUAACUACAGGAGACAUCAUCUUUUGAACUUAGGAAGUAUGAGAAAAUUCAAUAAACUUAAUGGAAAGAAGAGGUCAAAAUUGGGAGCUGAAGUAGUUAAAAACACGUUCUGCCUUGUAGAGAGCCUGAAAUCAGUUUCCAUCCCCUUAUCACGUGGCUGCCUGUACCUGUGGCUCCAGUGGAAUCCCUGGCCUCCAUUCGUGUCUGCUCUAAGGCAGGUGUCCUCAUAGAGACCAUGAUUUAAAAAAAAAAAAAAAGUCAAAUUUUAAGUUUUGCUAUAAGUAAAUUGGAAGUAGAGAAAUGGGGAUGUUGAGUGGUAGGAGAAGCUUGCGUAGCCAGCAAGAGGUCCUGGAGCAGAUCCCUAUCAAAGGGAGGAGAGUGAGGACAGCAAGAUUUGACGAGAAGACAAGGUCUGAGGUAGGGGAUAGAUAGGGAAUUAAAGCUAAGGUUAGUAUUUAGUCCUGUAUUUUUGAGAUGAGAUGAGCCAGCUUUGUUUUCCAACUUUCCGGGCAGUUCUUGGAACUCGAGGGACUUACCCAUGACCACUUGGUCCUGUAGAUACGAAAGCAUAGCUAGUUACUUCAAAUCUUCAGAGGACUAUUUUACUGUUUUCCAUUUCCAACGACGUAGGAGUAAUAACUUCCUUCUUGGUGCCUCUGACACAUGUACCCGUGUGUGCACAUCAUCUAAGCAGACUUCACCAGUGAGUUUGAUAUGCCCACGUCAUUCAUAAAAAUGGGUGGGGCGGGACUCCGAUUCACAACAUAUAUUUGAUUUCCUUGAGGUAAGUUUAUUGGGCUUUUUCUUUUUUUUUAUUUUUAUAUUUUUGAAGUGCUAGAGAUCUAGCCCAAGUUUUCACAUGUUAGGAAAGUUCCACUGUAACAUUUUAAACACAUAGAGACGAUAAUAUACUGAAUAUGCAGAGUUAAACAACAGUACCAAGACUUCCAGCCCUUAGUUUUUUUUAAUUGUUUGUUUUGUUUUUCAAGACAAGGUUUCUUUGUGUAGCCUUGGCCAUCCUGAAACUUGCUCUGUAGACCAGAGAUUUGCCUGCCUCUGCCUCCCGAGAGGAAUAAAGGCGAGCAUUGCCCCUCAACUCCUCUGCUGGGAUUAAAGGGGAGCAUUGCCCCUCAACUUCCAAUACUUCUAACGCCAACUGUAGCGUUUGGGAGUGGCUUGGACAACCCCAGGUGUCAUUUUUAUUUUUAUUUUUUUUAAGUUGUGCAACCUUGAAGUCAUGAACAACACUGGCACACACCAAAGUGUGAAAAAGCAUGGAACAGCGCAGCCAGGAAUGCUGCCCCACACCUAUUCGUAGUCUUAAUGCCCACUAGCAGAGCUAUUUUAGCCCUCUGGAGGUCAAGCUGAUGCUCAGACUCAAAGCCUCCACCAUCAGGCUCAACAGCCCCACAAAAGAAGAUAAUUUUAUCAGGUAAGAUAUUUUGCAAAUCACUAGGCACAACAGGAAAGGCCAAAGUUAAAUUUGUCCUAAUACAUGAUUUGGCUUAACAAAUAAGUUUAUCUCCAUAUCUCUUUCCUUUUUUUUUUUUUUUUUUUUGACAUUAAAAAUGCUUAAAAGCCAGGCACAAUGAAACACACCAGUGUCCUCUGCAUAGGAGAAACUGAGGUGAAGGAUCAGUAUAUUGAAGCCAUCCUUUUAAAGAAACAAGGAGGGUUAGAGAGAGGGCUCAGAGGUUAAGAGCACUGGCUGUUCUCCUAGAAGUCCUGAGUUCAAUUCCCAGCAACCAUAGGGUGGCUCCCCAACCAUCCAUAGUGGGAUCCCAUGCAGGCCGAACACUGUAUGUACAAUAAAUAAAUCUUAAAAAAAAAGAGUGGAGCACUGCCUGGCAUGUUUUAGGUUUGCUCUCAAACAGCAAGAAUAAGAGCCUCACGUGUGUUCUCUCAAUUUUCCUAAUAUUUUCUUUUUUUCACUGAUUUAUUUAUUCACUUUAUCCUAAUAUUUUCUUAAUAUGUUACUCCAUUUUUGUGUGUGUGUGUUGUUUUGAGUCCGUGUUGUUCAGUUGCCCCGGCUGGUUUGGUUCCACGGUAGCACACGCUCUCUGUAGGCGUGGCUGCAGCCGCCGCGGAGGGGAGCGGCGGGGAGGGGACCCUCGGCCGCGCAGCGCCCCCUGCCGCCCGCGAGAGGAGCCCGCGGGGCCCGCUGGACUGGGAACAUGGCGCGGCCGCCGGCGAGCCUCGGGGCACAGGCGCCGGGUCCCGACCGAGGGGAAGCCAACGUGGUGACGCGGGUGUCGCAGUGGGCGGACAGCCACCUGCGCCUUGUCCAGAACAUCAGCACUGGAAUGGCCAUAGCGGGGAUGAUACUGCUAAUAAGAAGUGUUAGACUGACAUCCAAAUUUACGACCUCUUCAGAUAUUCCAGUAGAAUUUAUAAGGAAGAAAGUUAAGCUACGUGGCCGAUUACACCAGAUAACUGAGUGUGGUCUAGAGAUUGAACAUAUCCCUAUUAGCUUACCUCUUAUAUCUUCGUGGAAACAACCACGUGGGGUUUUGCUGGUUAAGCUGGCUGGAGUAGAACUCACUGAAACCGGCAAGGUGUGGUUACAGAAAGAGCUAAAACCUUCCCAGCUGCUAUGGUUCCAGCUUCUUGGAAAGGAGAAUUCGACACUCUUUUGCUACCUUUUAGUGAAAAAGGGUGGAUAUUUUAAUGUGAAUCUGAAUGAAGAGAUUUUGAGAAGAGGCUUGGGGAAAACCAUUCUUGUUAAAGGUCUAAAUAAUGACUCCAAAACCCACUGGAAAAUCCACCGAAACCUACUUAAGGCUGAAUUGACAGCCUUAAAGAAAGGAGAAGGAAUAUGGAAGGAAGAAUCUGAAAAAGCAAGUUAUUUUGUAAAAUUCAAAGAUUCCUGGAGAGAGAGAUGGAAAAAGGACAAUUAUUUAAAAACAGCCAGACCAGAUUUCAACUUGACCAAAGAGAGUUAUUAUGACAGGUUUCAGAGGGCUUGUGGAAGCUGGAAGGACAGCAUGGGCAACUACUCUUUAGUUCUGAAACUCAGAGAACUUGUGAGCCGCUUACACUUUAGGAGAAAAGGAUGAAGCAUCUGCGAAGUCUAGAGGUGACCUCUUAAACAGUGAAAAGCAUAACUGCAUGACCACUUUUCAUUGAGUGAAAACGGAAAUUUCUUCAGGUGACCAAACUUUCAGUCUAGUGGUACCUGACAAAACCAUUGUUAACAUCAGAAUCCAUUUGAACGACUUACUUAUUAUCAAUGUAAAAUACUUUUAGGAAAAAUGACACACUGUAAAAAGGUCCCUGGGAGAAGGAUGUGUAUAUAUAGAACUAAUGUUUUGCUUUGUCCUUCUUUCUUCCUGCUCCCUAGUGCCAGGGACUGAACCCAGGCACUCAGGACUAGCACAGCACUACUGAGCUACACUGCCAGCCCUGAAGUGCUAAUGUCUGAAGAGAAAGUUGAAGUAUUGGCUGUUACAUUAGUUAUUUGGGGAAGCUGAUUUAAUAUUGUUUUUUAAUGUUAUCAACUUUAUAAUAAAGGAAUUUUAAAAAUA